GACUUUUUAUUUCCAAACUUUCAAGUUCUGACAGGAUGCGAUCCUUGUUAGAGGUACAGGGUAACGAUAUAUUUUUCAUAUUGCCGGUGUUAACUACAUCACCAUUUUCAUUUAAAGUAUAUGUAUUUUCGAUCUCGCUUAUUGUAUAUAUUUUUUAAAAUAAUCUUUGUGUCGUUCUUUUUAUAAUGAUACCUUUUUGUACCAUGAGCCUACACCUUCGGUUCUAACCAAACAGUAUUAACAUGAUUAACUAUCAUCAUUGCAUUCCUAUAGGAUAACUACUAUACCUGUUUAUUAUAUAGCUGGUUUUACUGUGUUGAGUGAAACAGAGUAAAGAACUUGUACAUGCACAUGUAUUGCAGUGGUGGACAUGUAUAAUUUCCUGUCAGAACAUGCCAAUAAAAACCACCCAACCAUGACAGUAUUACAUAAUUUUCAGGAAAUACCCCAACUCAACUGAGUGGAGCGGGAGAUUUAAACGACCUGCACCUCAGAACAGAUUCAUUAUACCUUCGGACAGUUGUGGAGAACAGAUCUCUAAUCGUGGAGCAGUAAAACUAAAUACAUUUUGUUUUCACUUGGAUCUUUUGAGAGUUCAGUGGGUUUUAGAAUCAUCAUGGAGAACAACCCUGCUCCCUUUAGCUGUGAGUUUUGCAGUGCAGAGUUUACGGUGAAAAGGAAUUUGAUGCGCCAUCAUCGAAUGUUCCAUCAUGGGCAGAGAAUUUUACAUGUUUGUGAUAACUGUGGAAAAGCUUUUAGUCGACCGGAUAGUUUAAAACGUCAUAUGAAAACACAUCAGGACACCCCUGCAAUAAAUUCUGAUCAGGAAAACCAUCGACCAACUUGUUCAAAGUGUAAAGCGCAGUUCCUAGAGCAAAAGGACCUUGAUGAACACAUGAAAUUGCAUCGCCUGAAGGAAACCUAUAUUUGUCAUUCUUGUGGGCAGAUAUUUCAUAAUCGUGUGAAAUUUAUGAAACAUGAAAAGUCACACCAUAAUACCGUUCAUCAAAAGUUACCAAAGAAGCGAGAUGCUGAUGAACCAUCAUUAAACCCAGCAAAACGACGCCGUCAACAACCCGACCUAGCACUAACGGUAAACCUCCCUUCUGACAUCGAUCCUGAAAGUUGUGCCGCUCAAGUUUACAGCGAACACUGGCUGAAUAUCAGAGACAGACAGUCGUUUGGAAGGGUUCAUCGGUUCUACAACUACCAUCUUCCAGACCUGAACAACGAUAUCCUGAUAGAGAAAGCUCAGAAGGUGUUUGAGGAUCAAUCUACAGCUUUCAAGAUAAAUGCAUCAUAUGGUUUCAUUUUGUGUAAUAAUGAAACAAAUGAAUGUCGAUAUUAUUACGCUAGUAGAAACACUAAAGUUUUAAAAGAACCUGUCCUUAUUACUAACCAAUCUACCUUUCAUAAUUUUCUGGACACAUUCAUCAAAGAAGAUGUCCUUGAAUAUGCUCGAACCCUUCGCCCAAACUCUAAAUGGGUGGUUCAGCAUAUCACAAAUGUUACAUUUUAUGUGUUCCGUAUUGGUGACCAUCCCAUUGGCCAAGGGCUAGAGCUCCCGGAUUACAUACAGAAUAAUCGAGCUAUCGUAUCUCUGGUUAAGAGUCGUAGAGACGGUCGAAUGUACAAUGAUAACCUUUGUCUUUUCAGAUGUUUAGCACUUUUUCAAGGAGUAAAUUCUCAAGCUCUUGAAACCAUGAGUAAAAAAAUGCUGAAACAAUAUUUGCCAGAAGCUUCGGUCUCCGAUUUCCAAGGGGUUGAACUUGGCAAGUUGGAUAAAGUCGAAGAAUUCUUUAAGAUAAAUAUAUCUGUAUAUGCUUUAAAUCCUAUUGAAUGUAGUGGAGAUGACAGCAACAUAUAUCAUAUAAAUGAACUAGUAGACAAAGAUAAUGUGACUGUUGCUGCCAAACUUGUUCGGCGAGGACUAGACAAAUUUCCAGAUACUAUGUAUGUUAACCUAUAUGAAACCCAUUUCAGUUUUAUUUCAGAUAUUGAAUUGUAUUGCCAAAACUAUCAAUGUCGCACAUGUGACAAACUUUGGAAAACUCGCAAAUCGCUUCAUCGACAUGAGAAAAUAUGUACCUCAACAGCCACCAAGCAUAUUUUCCCCACAGGAAGGGCUACAUUUCACAAUCCUUUGACAAUAUGGGAAGAACUGGCUGAUGAAGGUAUCUAUGUCGAAGAAGAAAGGCGUUAUUUUCCAUUCUUUGCUACAUUCGACAUGGAAUCGUAUUUAGAGAAGAUAGAAAAUAAAAUAGAUUCCAAUGUUACUCCAACUGACAAACUAAUGUUUACAUCACGCCACAUCCCAAUGAGCAUGAGCAUUAAUUCUAAUGUUCCUGGGUAUAGAGAACCAUACUGUCAAGUGUCUGAUGGAGACUGUCAGAAAUUAAUCGAUGAUUCGAUAUUGUAUCUCCUGGAGGUAAGUAAGCACUCCUUCUCUCUUCUAGAGUCUUCUUACGAGGAUGUGAUUGAAAAGCUAGAUGAAAAAAUACAAGAAUUCGAGAGGUGGCAAAAGGCAAACAAUGAAACACCUCACAAAGCUACACAUCUUCAGAGAUUAAAGGAGCGUUUCAUGAACCACAUCACAGAACUCCCUGUUGUUGGGUUCAAUUCCGGGAGGUAUGAUAUCAAUGCCAUUAAACAGUAUCUCUAUCCUUCACUUCUACAGUUUGACUCUGUUGAUUACGUCAUCAAGCGGAAUCACAAUCAUAUGGCUCUGAAAUCGCAACACCUUCAGUUUCUAGAUAUUUCAAAUUUUCUUGCCCCUGGCUUUUCAUACGCCGCCUUUCUUAAAGCAUAUGACUGCGAGCAAAGGAAAGGUUUCUUUCCUCAUGGGUGGGUAGAUUGCCUUGAAAAGCUUAAUGAACCUGAACUCCCCCCAAUUGAAGCUUUCAGCAACAAUCUUAAUCAUACUUCUUUUUCACAAGACCAAUAUGAAUACUGUAAGCGAAUCUGGAAAGAAAAUAAUAUGACAUGUCUCAGAGAUUAUUUAAUUUGGUACAAUAACCUCGAUGUUACUCCUUUUAUUGAGGCGGUUGAGAAAAUGCGUGAUUUUUACAAGAAUCUAAAAAUUGAUCUAUUCAAAGAUGGCAUUUCGGUUCCUGGGCUCACCAUGAAAUAUCUCAUGAAGUGUAGUCCAGAUGCACAUUUCAGUGUUAUCUCUGAGAAAGACAAGGAUCUUUAUUAUACUUUCCGUGAUAAUCUGGUAGGAGGUCCAUCGAUUAUAUUUCAUAGGUACCAUGAACGUGGUGUAACAACGAUUCGUGGCGGCAAGCCAUGUAAAAAAAUAAUUGGUUUCGAUGCAAAUGCCUUGUACCUGCAUGCAAUAAUGCAAAAGAUGCCUACAGGACACUAUGUUAGACGAAGGGCAGAGAAUGAUUUCAAGCCUGAAAAUAGGCAUCCAAUCGCUCAAGAAUGGCUGCAAUACCAAAGUUUCUCUCGACAGAUUCCCAUUCGGCAUGCCGGAAAUCAUUCAGAAAAGAGAAUCGGUCCUCUUCAACUCCCUGUCGAUGGCUUUUGCGCCCAAACUAAACAGGUAUUUGAAUUCCAUGGAUGUUACUUCCAUGGACAUUCAUGCCAUCUCAACAAAGGCCAGACCAACAAUACCAAGCUUGGAAAGUCCAUGACAGAUUUACUGAAAAAGACGCAAGAGAAACAAGAGUAUGUAGAAGGUUUGGGUUAUGAAUACAUUUCUAUCUGGGAAUGCCAAUACAAAGAGAUGCGCAAAACUGAUCCAAAGCUCAGUGCAUUUCUUACAAAGACUUUUCCCCCUCCUAAAUACCGUCAAGGGCUAACCCAAGAUAGUCUUCUCUCUGCUAUUCAUCAUGGUGCUCUGUUUGGGUUUGUGCAGUGUGAUAUCCAUGUCCCUGAUCAUCUCAGGGAAUACUUCUCUGAAAUGUGUCCUAUUUUCAAGAAUGUGGAUAUAUCAAGAGAAGACAUCGGAGAUGUGAUGGGAUCCUACGCCAAGGAACAUGAUAUCUUGAAAACUCCAAGGCGUAGUCUGAUCAGUAGUAUGUUUGGUAGGAACAUCCUGCUCUACACACCUCUGCUAAGAUGGUAUCUCAGCCAUGGAUUGGUGGUCACCAGGAUUCACCAAUUCAUUGAGUACAAACCAGUUGCCUGCUUCAAGCACUUCGGUGAAAGCGUUUCUAACGCUCGACGCAAAGGUGAUGUUGAUCCCUCGAAGAGUAUUAUUGCCGACACCAUGAAGUUGAUAGGCAACUCGUCUUAUGGGAAAACAAUCACAAACAAGGAAAGACAUAGAAACGUCAAUGUUUGUGACGAGGCUAAAGCCCAGAAGCAUGUGAACAAUACGCUUUUCCGGGAUCUAAACCCCAUAUCAGACAAUUGCUAUGAAGUUGAUAUGGCUAAACGAAAGAUCAAUAUGGACCUACCAGUUCAGAUUGGUCAUGCUGUAUACCAGUUGGCCAAACUGCGCAUGCUACAGUUCUAUUUUGACUUUCUUCUACAAUAUGUUGACCCAUCUGAUUUUCAAAUGUGUGAGAUGGACACAGAUUCUGCGUACAUUGCCAUUUCAUCCGAUUCUUUCGAUGACAUAAUCAAACCAUGUAUGAGGGAAAGGUACGAAAAAGACAAAGCCAACUGGUUCCCUCGAAAUGAUACCCAGGAGAAUGCUAGAUAUGAUAAGAGAACUCCUGGGUUGUUCAAAGUAGAGUGGGAAGGCGAUGGAAUCAUAGCCCUCUGCAGUAAAACUUAUUACUGCUUUGGUGCUACUGACAAGUUCAGCUGUAAGGGUGUUAAUAAAAAGCAAAACAAUAUAACAAAAGAUGUGUACUUGAACGUUCUUCGCUCACAAGUUGCUGGGAGUGGUGUAAACAAAGGUUUUCGCGUUGUCCAAAACGGAAUCUCCACCUACUCACAAAUAAAAAAUGCAUUCACCUAUUUCUAUCCAAAAAGAAAAGUAUUGGGGGAUAAUGUAUCCACUACCUACUUAGAUAUCUAACUUUUGCAAUUCUCAUUCCGUCCAAACUUUUUAUCAUAAAAUUCUUUCUCCAAUGCAUUGAAUUUAAAGUUAGCUGUGAUUUAUCUGGGUCCGUUUCAUACAUUUUGGAAAAUGACAUGCGAAAUAAUUUUCUAUCGGUAAACUAUUUGUAUACCAUGUGAGUUGAGAUUUAUUCUGUGGAUUUUCAAGCAUAUUGAUCGGAAUUACGUAAAUGUAAUGGUGUACAAAUCAAGAUUUUAUCAUGUUUAUUGGUGUUUGUGAUAUAUUUAAAAACUCUUUGGAGUAACUUUUGUUUUACAACUCUUUUCAACAAAAUACAUUCACAAUUGCUGGAGUAAAAGUUACUUUUACGAAAUGUUGCACACUUUGCAGUCAAAAUCUGCUUUCAAUAAUGUAUAUUUGGUUCACAAUUAUUAUAAUAAAAUUGACUUUCACAAAAUAUUAUAAACUCCUUUGUAACAAUAUGCUUUCAUCCACUUGAAACAAGAGAAUGGUCUUAACAAUGUUUCAUUGGUAUAUCAAACCUAACCGAGUGCUUUGUUGUUGAAUAAUAGUAUAAUGUUGUAUUUGUGUAUAUCAAUCCGAGUUGACUUUAAAUUUCACAGAUUUCUGGAUGUAAAUGAAACAACAUCCGCUAAUGACUUACAUUCAAUAUAAAUGUUUGUUGAAAAGAUAUGUUAUAUAUUUGGGGAUGUUACCAAGAACAUGUUCAUUGAAAAUCAGAACGGUGAAUUCAUCAUUGAUGUACAUGCUAUUCUUGUAUAUACAUUAUGCAACAUACGUAUAAACACAUAUUAUUCCACACGAAAUAUGAAAUGUUGUAAAUAAAGACCUAUUAGUUUUACACCUUUAUGAAUACAUAUGAAAUGCAGUAGAGUGAUAGUAAUUAUACCAUCCUCUUUUGUGUGAUUCAAAUUGAUUGCUUCAAUUGAACGUGUAUUAUCGUUUUUACUUCUCUUCUCCAAAGUUAAACAUUAACAAAAAAGAAAUUAAGUUAGGUUUUCACUUUAAUUUAAUUAUGCUAUCCUGUUUUGAUACUUUAGACAAUUGUACAUAUGAUAAAGUCAUGAACUAUAUUUUCAGAAGGUACGAUUAUCAUUUUUUUUUUAAAUUUUAUUGUACAUUCAUUUAUUCUAAGUCGUGUAUAAAUUGCAGAAUUUCAAGAUCACUAAUCUAUAAGUUCUUUGUAACCUUUUCUGUAAUGCUCCCACUAUCUUUUAAUGUUCUCACUUAUGUUAUAAUGUACUUUAUUUGAAAUAUCCAUAUUUAUUGAUUUGUAUGAUUUUUAUGAAGAUUGUAAUGAAUAAUUUCAAUUAUGAUAAAUUAUUUUUCGACAUUACAGUAAUUGUGUAGUAAUGAUAUGUGUAGCUCAACUAUGUAUAAAUAUAUGUUAUUUGUGUUCCAUCUAUCAAUAUGUAUAUAUUAUUUUGUUCAUGUAAUUAUGGUGUGAUGAAAAUAUAAUAAAUUUACAUACCCGAUAUGACGUGUCUGACUUAGUUAUUUUUGUCAGUGUAUAGAUUGAUAUGAGAAUUGAAAAAAAAAAGAUGAAAAUUAUUAUGAGUAAAGUACUGAUGAAAAAUAGAGCAGAUCAAGUGAAUAAUAUACUGCGAAUGCUGAAGGAAUGUGAAGGGAGAUGGACAAGAAGAGGAAAGAGAAUAUAUUUGAAUAUCAGUAUAUCAGAAUGAUCGAAGGAGAGUUUUGAGAUUGAGUUUUAACUUGUUGACUUGUGGAAAUGGAUUGGGUUAGAGUUUCGGUUACAAUUAGAAGCAAAGGAUAAUCCAAUAUGAAGUUCUAGUUAACAAAAAAAAAAAAAAAAAAAAUACAAUCAUAAGUAAAAUAGCUUGCCAAGAAGACUGAUGCACCUUAAUACAUUUUAAGUG